GUGGGGGUGUUUCCUGGCCAGGAGGACUCGAAGGGGUGGAGAGAGGCAGGCCAGGGCAAAGGUGGGCCGCUGGGCUGAGAGGAAGCUCUAGUGAGAACAGGUGAUAGAGGCAGAACUUCUAAGUUGGGAGAGUGGAGCAGCCGCCGCAGCUGCGGGGCCGCCGCUUGGCUCUGGGACAGGGAGCGCAGGGAGAGUUGGUGAGGUGGGCAGAGGCCCGGGAGUGAGGGGAGGAAAACUGCGGGGGGAGAGUCCACGAACCUUGGAGGGGAGUCACUGGUGAAGAGGUUGGAAGAGGAGCCUGAAGAACCUGUUUCCUUUUCCUUCUGGAAAAGGAAUUCGUUGGUGACAGUGGGGCAUGGGCAGAGUCUUUGUAAGGGUUGGUACUAUUAUUUUCAGAGGAAUGGCGCCCAGGGCCAAGUGUGGAGGUGGAGGACCUGCAAGUUAAGUUCAUUUCUGUGGGGCUUUUAAAGUUAGUAAGUAGCUCGUUAAGGGCCGAGAAGCGAGAAGCUACUGUGUAGUUUAUGGGGUGACAACCUACAUAUCCGGAGAAGGGAGUGCCAGGGUUUGGGGGAAGGAACAUGAGGGGUCUCCCUUUAGCAUGUAGAGGUGGGAUAUUUGCAGGACGGGUUGAAGGAAUGAUGGCAGUAUCCAUGAAGAGUGGAAAUAGGGUAGUGAGAAGGAAGUCAUAGCUGGAGAGUGAGGAAGCAAGAAAUGGCAUGAUUGUAGGAGUGGGGGACCUGAUUGUAAUUUAGAGAAAUGGUUUGAAGAUGGUUUACUCUUGAAGCAAAUGUGGUUUGGGACAGAACUGUAGACAUUCCCUUCUUAGAAAAGAGCAUAAUAGAAUGGGACGAGCAUGGCGUGUGGAGUUGGAAGACCUAUUUCGGAGGUCCGGUUUGCCACCAACUUGCUUUGUUGAUACGACAUAGUAGUGAGUUCUUCGGUCCUUUUUCCUUACCUAUAAAAUAGAGGGAAUUACCUUUUCCACAGCCUGUAAGGAUUAAGUGAGUACAUUUAGAAAGCACUUGGCAAACUGAAGUGCCACAGAUCUUACUACAUUAAUUAUGAUUAUCCUAGAGAAACAUCUAAGAAAUGGGUAAUAUCAGAAAAUAAGGAAUGGUUUUAGGUAGAAGACUUUGAGUGGAUUAUUUAUAUGUUAGAGGUUAUAAGUCGGUAACUCAUUGAGUCUUCACAUAGAGAAAGGGAGUUGGGGAUUGAAGAUGAUAAUUCUUAAGAGAACUUCAUUGAUGUAUGUGCAAUCUCAAGAAGAAGGUAACUGAGAGACAAAGUAACCCUAAAGGAAGAAUUAAAAUCUUGGUGAACACGUGCUCUAAAAAGAGGUUUAAGCUAAUUUCAUAGUUUUGCGUGACAGCUGCCUUUCAGUAGCAGGUCAUAGGGAACACAAGAUUACAAUUUCAGCUUCCUUCUGGACAGAGUAAGAAAUGAAGAGGCCCUGGAUGGUUGAAAGAAUAGAAAACGCAGUGCUCAAGAAAUGGGGAAAAUGAAAAUGUUUUACUAGGGCCUAUUCCCUGGUGGAUUCCAGUCAAGUGUCUACAUUUCUGAUUUCCAUUCUUCUUAUAGUCUAUGGUAGUUUCAGGUCCCUUAAUAUGGACUUUGAAAAUCAAGAUAAGGAGAAAGACAGUAAUAGUUCUUCUGGGUCUUUCAAUGGCAACAGCACCAAUAAUAGCAUCCAAACAAUUGACUCUACCCAGGCUCUGUUCCUUCCAAUUGGAGCAUCUGUUUCUCUUCUAGUAAUGUUCUUCUUCUUUGACUCAGUUCAAGUAGUUUUUACAAUAUGUACAGCAGUUCUUGCAACAAUAGCUUUUGCUUUUCUUCUCCUCCCGAUGUGCCAGUAUUUAACAAGACCCUGCUCACCUCAGAACAAGAUUUCCUUUGGUUGCUGUGGACGUUUCACUGCUGCUGAGUUGCUGUCAUUCUCUCUGUCUGUCAUGCUCGUCCUCAUCUGGGUUCUCACUGGCCAUUGGCUUCUCAUGGAUGCACUGGCCAUGGGCCUCUGUGUCGCCAUGAUCGCCUUUGUCCGCCUGCCGAGCCUCAAGGUCUCCUGCCUGCUUCUCUCAGGGCUUCUCAUCUAUGAUGUCUUUUGGGUAUUUUUCUCAGCCUACAUCUUCAAUAGCAACGUCAUGGUGAAGGUGGCCACUCAGCCGGCUGACAAUCCCCUUGACGUUCUAUCCCGGAAGCUCCACCUGGGGCCCAAUGUUGGGCGUGAUGUUCCUCGCCUGUCUCUGCCUGGAAAACUGGUCUUCCCAAGCUCCACUGGCAGCCACUUCUCCAUGUUGGGCAUCGGAGACAUCGUUAUGCCUGGUCUCCUACUAUGCUUUGUCCUUCGCUAUGACAACUACAAAAAACAAGCCAGUGGGGACUCCUGUGGGGCCCCUGGACCUGCCAACAUCUCCGGGCGCAUGCAGAAGGUCUCCUACUUUCACUGCACCCUCAUCGGAUACUUUGUAGGCCUGCUCACUGCUACUGUGGCGUCUCGCAUUCACCGGGCCGCCCAGCCCGCCCUUCUCUAUUUGGUGCCAUUUACUUUAUUGCCACUCCUCACGAUGGCCUAUUUAAAGGGCGACCUCCGGCGGAUGUGGUCUGAGCCUUUCCACUCCAAGUCCAGCAGCUCCCGAUUCCUGGAAGUAUGAUGGAUCACGUGGAAAGUGACCAGAUGGCCGUCAUAGUCCUUUUCUCUCAACUCAUGGUUUGUUUCCUCUUAGAGCUGGCCUGGUACUCAGAAAUGUACCUGUGUUUAAGGAACUGCCGUGUGACUGGAUUUGGCAUUUAAAGGGAGCUCGUUUGCAGGAGAGAGGUGCUGGAGCCCUGUUUGGUUCCUUCUCUUCCUGCGGAUGUAGAGGUGGGGCCCCUUCCAAGAGGGACAGGCCUCUCCCCAGCGCGCCUUCCUCCCACGUUUUUAUGGAUCUGCACCAGACUGUUACCUUGUGGGGGAGAUGGAGAUUUGACUGUUUAAAAACUGAAAACAGCGAGGAGUCUUUCUAGAACUUUUGAACACUAAAAGGAUGAAAAAAAUUAGCAAACCGAAGUUUCUUCAAUGACCCCUCGAGAACUUUGGGACCAGUUUCCUAUGGGGGACUCAGUUUCAGAGAACUGAGACAGAAGCUCUUCUGUCGUUAUAUUCUUCUUUCCUUUUUUUGGAUUUAUUAAAUAUUUUCUGUGGUGUGAAGUGACUUAUUAAAUCCACAGACAUUGAGUGACUUCUUACAACAUCCACAUAAGAAUUUGUUGUAAUGAGUUCAUGUCCACCCAGAUGUUGUGUUGGCAGUGAACAAGGGCACGGUUUUUAUACAUACGUACAUAUAUAUAUAUAAACACACACAUAGAUAUAUAUGAAUAAACAAAAAUGAAAUCCUGCUAAGAUCACGCUGUGUAGCUGACAGGGGCUUGCUGUCGUUUUGAGCAUGUCGAGCAGUUUACUGUGGCUUCCUUGUAUAUGGAUAAGCUGCUGUCCUUCCCCUUCACGACUGACCCCGCAGUUACAAACCAGUAUAUAGCAUUUGUGCUGAUUGAUGAUAGACUCAUGGACUUCAGGAGCCCUUACUUGGUUUUGAUCAGUGUAGCAAAUUAGGGAUGAAGAGUUCAAACCUUUUGGCCCUUUCUUUCUUUUCUAGGCUUCUCCCUCGCAGGGUGUUCCGUAGUUUCUUCUCGAGCCAAUGCAUGUAUUAUAGCAGCAGGUGUCUUUGUGCUUUCUCAUCAUAGUAAUGUACUACUUGUAAAUACAUUUUUCUAUUUUCUAUUUUUUUGUAUUUUUUUUUGACAUUUUGUUUCAUUGGUGUGCUGUAUAUUUUCCAUGCCCUCACUCCUUUAAGAAAAAAAAAAAGGAAAAAAGCAACACAA